AUGGUGGUUAAUUCGAACCCCUCGGUUUCGAAUGUGUCUCUUUCGAGUACGCGGUCUAGCAACACACAAUUGUUGAUGAACAAGCGUGUAACUGCACAGGAUUCACUGUAUUUCAUGUGUAAAUGUGUCAAGAAAAGACUAGAAUACUUGCCGCAGCUUCAACCGUACUUAAACCUGGCGCAUUCUAGUGCUGAAAUAUUAACAGAGCAUCAAGCACUUUUAUUAUCGCAGAAGCAGCAGCAGCAGAUACAGCAGCAGUCCCAAUCCAAGUCCCAACGGGGAUCUCAAUAUGAGGUUGGAAGCGGAAAUGGGAACGGUAGGAGUUCCUCUUCUAGCACUUUGCAUAGAGACUCCAGCUUUUCCGCUACUAGCUUUGGGGAUGACUCUGAACAAUCACAAUCCUUUAACAUGGAAGAUACUUUACUGACCUUUUCGGUGGGCAUUGCACCAAUAUCUGUGGAUUGCGACCCCGUGACCCAGCUCUCAAAGCUCUUUCAACAAGGGUCGCCGCUUUGUAUAAUUUUCAAUGCUGUAAGGCCGCAGAAUAAACUCACCGUUGUAUCAUCUGACGAUAUGAAGAUAUGCAAGAAAUCUAUCUACGACUUUAUUCUCGGGUUAAAACAACACUUUGCAUUUAAUGAUGAAGAACUCUUCACAAUUUCUGAUGUCUUUUCUAACUCUACAGACCAUUUCUUAAAGGUAUUGGAUGUUGUCAAUACACUACUUAAUGCAGCUCCUGAAAUAUUUCCCGCUAUCAGCACAGACUCCUUACUUGAAGCACAGCGUCUCGCAAAACCUCAAACGGAAUAUGACAAAAUUGUAAAAGAGUUUAUCGAAACAGAACGGAAAUACGUGCAUGAUCUAGAAAUCUUGAAUAAGUACAGGAAGCAGCUUCUAGACAACCAGGUGAUCAACUCAGAAGAACUGUAUAUGUUAUUCCCAAACUUAAAUGAUAUCAUUGAUUUCCAAAGAAGAUUCCUCGUAUCCCUUGAGGUUAAUGGCCAGGUACCUCCUCAAAAGCAAAGGAUUGGUGCUCUAUUCCUGCAUUCAAAGUACUUCUUUAAAUUGUAUGAACCAUGGUCCAUUGGUCAAAAUGCUGCUAUAGACUUCAUAUCGUCCAGCUUCGAUAAAAUAAGCCCCGGAAAUACGAACUUUGUCAUUGGAAAUAAAAUGGAACUUCAAUCUUUCCUCCUAAAACCGGUGCAAAGAUUAUGUAGAUAUCCUUUACUUCUAAAGGAUUUACUAGAAAAUGCUGAAAGCGAAACAAAGGAGUUAGAGCUAGCGUUAAGCAUUGCAAAGAGUAUUGCAAGGAACAUAAAUGAAAAUCAAAGGAGAACAGAAAACUAUGAAGUGGUUAAACGGCUAUAUGGACGUGUCGUAAAUUGGAAAGGUUAUCGCAUCGCCAAAUUUGGUGAACUUUUAUAUUUCGACAAAAUAUCGAUUUCGACUAGCAGCGGAAAUGAGCCAGAAAAGGAUUUCGAAGUUUAUCUUUUCGAAAAAAUCAUUCUGCUCUUUAGUGAGGUAACGCAGAAAAAGGGCAGCUCUAUUAGUCUUAAGAAGAAAAAUAAUUCAUCUUCCAUGCUACAUUUGCCUAGCUCUUCUAAUAACAAUUCUAAUGACUUCGCCAAAAAUUCAGGGAAAUUGGAUCUACGUGGCCGUAUCAUGAUUGUCAAUCUAACUCAAGUAACUCCAAUCGAGAAUCACUCUUUAAAUAUAAUAUGGGAAUCAACAAAGGAGAAAGGUAACUUCAUUCUCAAAUUCAAAAAUGAAGAAACGCGUAAUAACUGGGAAAACUGUUUACACCAACUUCUACGUCAAAUACGUAGUGAAUCUUUCAAAAGUAUUAACACUAACAGCGAUAUGUCUUCAAUGUCAUCUCCAGUUCAAUAUUCUCAUAAUAGUGUAGCGUCCAUUGGAAGUACUCUAACAAGACAAAUUUCAGAAGUGCUUCCGAAAAGCCACAUGUCCAAUGCGCGUCAAUCAUUUGCAAGUGAAUAUAGAUCCAUAUCAGAAAAUUAUAAGAAUUCCAUCCCAGAGACCAUGCUAUUACUUAGGGUUUCUUUCAACAAUGAUUUCUACACGGUGUUAGUGAAUUUAGAAUUCUCUGCUGAUGAAGUACUUCAGGCGAUAAAGAAAAAAUUGACUCACCUUGGAACCAUUACCAAGGUUAAGUACCAAGAUGAGGAUGGUGAUUUUGUCAUGCUAGAAAGUGACGAUGACUGGUAUGUGGUGAAAGACAUGUUGAAGGAAAGUAACGAGCGAUUAUUAAAUGUAUGGGCAUACACUAAUUGA